AGGCAAAGAAGAGGAAGUGGUAGCACUAGCUGUCGCUCCACGGGCGGGCGGGUGGGCGGUGGAGGCCUCGAGGGUGCACGGCCCGCCCGGGCAGGCAGCAGCCAUGGAGCUGUGGCGCCAGUGUACCCACUGGCUGAUCCAGUGCCGCGUGCUGCCGCCCAGCCACCGUGUGACCUGGGAGGGGGCUCAGGUGUGUGAGCUGGCGCAGGCCCUUCGGGAUGGAGUCCUUCUGUGCCAGCUGCUCAACAACCUGCUGCCCCACGCCAUCAACCUUCGGGAGGUCAACCUGCGGCCCCAGAUGUCUCAGUUCCUGUGCCUCAAGAACAUUCGAACCUUCCUGUCUACCUGCUGUGAGAAGUUUGGCCUCAAGCGGAGCGAGCUCUUUGAGGCUUUCGACCUCUUCGAUGUGCAGGAUUUCGGGAAGGUCAUCUACACCCUGUCCGCUCUGUCCUGGACACCGAUUGCCCAAAACAAGGGGAUCAUGCCCUUCCCCACUGACGAGGACAAUGUGGGUGACGAGGACGUCUACAGCGGCCUGUCCGACCAGAUCGACGACACGGUGGAGGACGAUGAGGACCUGUACGACUGCGUGGAGAAUGAGGAGACCGAAGGCGACGAGAUCUACGAGGACCUCAUGCGCUCGGAGCCGGUGCCCAUGCCGCCCAAGAUGACAGAGUACGACAAGCGGUGCUGCUGCCUGCGGGAGAUCCAGCAGACGGAGGAGAAGUACACGGACACGCUGGGCUCCAUCCAGCAGCACUUUCUGAAGCCCCUUCAACGGUUCCUCAAACCCCAAGACAUUGAGAUUAUCUUUAUCAACAUUGAGGACCUGCUUCGUGUACAUACGCACUUCCUGAAGGAGAUGAAGGAGGCCCUGGCCACCCCUGGCGCAUCCACCCUCUACCAAGUCUUCAUCAAAUACAAGGAGAGGUUCCUCAUCUACGGCCGCUACUGCAGCCAGGUGGAGUCGGCCAGCAAGCACCUGGACCACGUUGCUGCAGCCCGGGAGGACGUGCAGAUGAAGCUGGAGGAAUGUUCUCAGCGAGCGAACAACGGGAGGUUCACCUUGCGGGAUCUGCUAAUGGUACCCAUGCAGCGGGUACUCAAGUACCACCUCCUUCUCCAGGAGCUGGUGAAACACACGCAGGACGCGAUGGAGAAGGAGAACCUGCGAUUGUCCCUGGAUGCCAUGAGGGACCUGGCACAGUGUGUGAACGAGGUCAAGAGAGACAACGAGACGUUGCGGCAGAUCACCAACUUCCAGCUGUCCAUUGAGAACCUGGACCAGUCCCUGGCUCACUACGGCCGGCCCAAGAUCGACGGGGAGCUCAAGAUCACCUCGGUGGAACGGCGCUCCAAGAUGGACAGGUACGCCUUCCUGCUCGACAAAGCUCUGCUCAUCUGUAAGCGCCGAGGGGACUCCUACGACCUCAAGGACUUUGUGAACCUGCACAGUUUCCAGGUUCGGGAUGACUCCUCCGGAGACAAAGACAACAAGAAGUGGAGCCACAUGUUUCUCCUGAUCGAGGACCAGGGUGCCCAGGGCUAUGAGCUGUUCUUCAAGACGCGAGAACUGAAGAAGAAGUGGAUGGAGCAGUUUGAGAUGGCCAUCUCCAACAUCUACCCUGAGAACGCUGCCGCCAACGGGCAUGACUUCCAGAUGUUCUCCUUCGAGGAGACCACGUCCUGCAAGGCUUGCCAGAUGCUGCUGAGAGGCACCUUCUACCAGGGCUACCGCUGUCACCGGUGCCGGGCACCUGCACACAAGGAGUGUCUGGGGAGGGUCCCUCCGUGUGGCCGACACGGACAAGAUUUCUCAGGAACCAUGAAGAAGGACAAACCACACCGCAGGGCUCAGGACAAAAAGAGGAAUGACCUGGGUCUACCCAAGAUGGAGGUGUUUCAGGAAUACUAUGGGCUUCCUCCACCCCCUGGUGCCUUUGGGCCUUUUCUUCGGCUCAACCCUGGAGACAUCGUGGAGCUCACCAAGGCAGAGGCUGAGCAGAACUGGUGGGAGGGCAGGAAUACGGCUACCAAUGAAGUUGGCUGGUUUCCCUGUAACAGGGUGAAGCCCUACGUCCAUGGCCCUCCACAGGAUCUAUCUGUUCAUCUCUGGUACGCUGGCCCCAUGGAGCGCGCAGGGGCAGAAAGCAUCCUUACCAACCGCUCGGACGGAACCUUCUUGGUGCGGCAGAGGGUGAAGGACGCUGCAGAAUUCGCCAUCAGCAUUAAGAAGAGGCUGAAACACGAUUGGAACCGAAGCAUCGCGGAUCCUGGCUCCCCUGCCUUUCCGUGUGAGCUGGUGGAGUUUUACCAGCAGAACUCCCUAAAGGAUUGCUUCAAGUCGCUGGACACCACCUUGCAGUUCCCCUUCAAGGAGCCUGAGAGGAGAGCCAUCAGCAAGCCACCAGCAGGAAGCACCAAAUAUUUUGGCACAGCCAAAGCCCGCUAUGACUUCUGUGCCCGGGACCGGUCGGAGCUGUCCCUCAAGGAGGGUGACAUCAUCAAGAUCCUCAACAAGAAGGGACAACAAGGCUGGUGGCGAGGGGAGAUCUAUGGCCGGGUUGGCUGGUUCCCUUCCAACUAUGUGGAAGAAGACUAUUCCGAAUACUGCUGAGCCUUGGUGCGCCAGCAGAGAGAGAUGAGAAACUCCAGGCUCCGAGCCCAGGGCGAGCAGGCAGCGGGGCCAGGGGCUGUGACAGGUCCCGGGCGGGUGGAGAGUUCGGGAUGGAUUGCAGGAGGCCAGCGUCCAGCUGGCAUUGCUCCUGGGAUGAUGCCCUGCCGUGGUUAAUUUAUAACACACUGAUUUCCUCUUGGGUCCCCUCAAGAAGGCAGGGCUCAAGUGGUUACUUGUAAUAAAACAGUGAAAAUGAAU